UGAUUUGAACGAGACGUUGAUGAUGUCGAUGUAGAAAGAUAAAGAAAAGAUCUGCUAGCAGUUUGUUUCCUUUUCUGUGAGUAAGCUCCGUCACAUGCACAACGCUUAUAUUUUCAAGUUUACCCCUGUAUCCUAUAUGCCGUGUUGAUCCUGCUUUGUACUCCUGCUGCAACUCACGAUUUUCUCGCGUCAUCCUGGUGCAUCCUAUUGAUAGCAGAUUUCGAUGGGUGACUUCGGUGCCUUUGGAAGCUCGUCUUCCGGACGGUCAGGAGGUCGAGAUGGAGACUCGGAAUAUAUUCGUCUCAGCGAUCGCAUUAGUACGAAUAUCACGAAAAUCAACAGUAAUGCCAAUGAGCUAAAGCGCUAUCUGAAUCAGCUAGGAACGAGGUCCGACAAUUCUCGCCUGCGUGAUACUAUGUCUUCUCUUCAGAAGACGACGGCUGGUCUUGUCCGGGAGACAAACAGCAAUAUUCAGCAGCUCAGUUACCUAGACGGUGGAUCUGAUCAGGAAAAGGCUCAACGGCGUAUGCAGCAAGAAAAGCUCAAGUCCAGCUUCAAAUCUGCCAUCUCAAGUUUCCACACGGUGGAGCAGACAUGUGCUAAGAAGGAGAAAGAGACGGUCGAGCGGAUGCGUGCUGCCAGCAUUUCCGGGUCACUUGGAGAUGAUGAUGAAGAUGACCGGUUACUAGGUGGCAGGGGUCGCGGCUACGUAGUCCACCAGCAGGAGGAGGUUGAUGUCCAGGCGAUAGAGGAACGUGCCGAUGCAUUGCGGCAACUCGAGAAUGACAUUCUCGACGUGAAUGAGAUCUUUCGAGACCUCGGGGCGAUGGUGCAUGAGCAAGGCGAGGUGAUAGACACAAUCGAAGGCAAUGUUGAGCAUGCUGCUGUUGACGUGGAGAAUGCUAAUGAUCAAUUGCGGCAAGCAUUGCACAGCCAGAAAAAGUCACGGAAGAAGAAGUGCAUCUGCUUGAUCCUGCUGGUUAUUGUACUUGGUCUCAUUGGACUCGUCAUCGGCCUCACGGUUAAACAUAAUUGAGGAAUUGAUCAUCGGUUGUGUGUGUGUGUGUGUGUGUGUGUCGCCGUUACGUCCUUAGAUUCCUAGCUGCAGUGUUUGCGACGACUCCCUGUGUUUUGCUCUCCGCGUGCUGCCGUCAACGUGAGUGCAGUGUGCUGUUUCGCUUAUGUCUUGGCCCUGAGUCUAAAACCAAGCACGGGUCUGGUUUCGCUUCAGAGUUCAGACUUAGGUUAGAGGCUAAAUGUAGCACAAGCCGUGCCUGGCUACAUCACCAUACACACACACACACACACACACACACACACACACACACACACACACACACACACACACACACACACACGUGCGCGCGCACACACACAUACAUACACACACACGUGCGCGCGCACUCGCUCACCGCGCACACUCGUGUGUGUACUUAGUACUGUACACAUCACUGCCUUACAUUACAAGCACUUUUCAUCUGAGAGGUCCACACAAUAUACAUGUACAGCCCCUGACUUUCUGAACUGUUUAAAAAUAACUUAUGUCCACCUUAUUUUACAAGACCUCUAUCACAUCAACUAUCACCGGGUGGGAUUUUAUGCUGCUGUGCACGUUUUGUUCCUGCUCUGCGCUACCUUGUCAUGAUCCAUGUACAUAGUCCAACUUGCUUCCACUCACUUGCGCUGUUUGCUUUCCCUGGUUUACCUUGUCGGCAUUCUCGGCUGUUUGUUUCGCCUUUGAGUAUUCCCGUUUUUACUUUAUACUUCUAUUUUCUUUAUGUGUCUAAGUUUGGAUUGGCAGAUGGCCGUGUGCAGUGCUUUGGCUCGUAAGACGUAUCUUGUACGACCAGCUGGUUCUGCUGUCAUACACACAAACACGCGCACACACACACACACACACGUACACACACACACACACGCAUCGCAAUAGAAUUAUUUUACAGCCUUGGACUGCUGUGCGAGCAGCGCUUCUCUUUCUCUCUGCCCAUCGUGCCCAUGGUCAGCUGACUCAUGCCACGUGACGUCCUCAUCGUUCUAUGCACUCACCAGGGAGUAGUAUUGUACUACUCCCCGACUCAAACCAUCAGUGGCACUUUUCUCUUCUUUCCACACUUCUAUACGUUGAAGUCUUGUACAGUGGAUAU